UCAUUCCCCGCCAACACAACAUCUUCUAUUUUCCCUCCCCUCACCCAGCCAUUUCAGCCAUUGAACAACCAGAACACACUCGAAGUCUAGUUCUUUGAUAUUUUUACUCUGUCAACAUGUCUGCCUCCGAACAAACUUUCAUCGCUAUCAAGCCUGAUGGUGUCCAGCGUGGACUCGUCGGUCCCAUCAUCAGCCGCUUCGAGAACCGCGGGUACAAACUUGCUGCCAUCAAGCUCGUCACCCCUUCCAAGGAGCAUCUCGAGAAGCAUUAUGAGGAUCUCUCCAGCAAGCCUUUCUUCAAAGGCCUCGUUACCUAUAUGUUGAGUGGCCCUAUCUGCGCCAUGGUUUGGGAGGGCCGUGAUGCCGUCAAGACUGGCCGUGCCAUCCUCGGUGCCACCAACCCCCUUGCUUCCGCCCCUGGCACUAUCCGCGGUGACUUCGCUAUUGAUGUCGGCCGCAACGUCUGCCACGGAUCCGACAGCGUCGAGAACGCCAAGAAGGAAAUUGCCCUCUGGUUCAAGCCUGAGGAGCUCGUCCAGUACCAGCAAAGCCAGGCCAACUGGAUCUACGAGUAGAUCCAUCAUGUCGCACAACCCUCCCUAUUAUGAUAAGUUAAUGACACAACGAGAAAGUAAAUAAUAGUUUAGACGAAUUUCAAGAUCUGCCGGGGAUCAAUCUUACUAUUUGUUGAUAUUUCACAACGUGCCUUUCGCAUUUUGUAUAUGUCGUGCCACAGCCAAAAUCAAGUCCAAAAAAUAGAAGAUACUAUACAGAUCUAAGCCUUCCUGCCAAACACCUUCCCAACCGCCCUCCCCACAGGCCCAAGCACACCCCGCGCAAACCAUGGUGUAGCCCAAACACUAAGCACAAUCCUGACAGGCAACAUCGCCUUUGUAAUAGCAUACGCAGUCGCGAACUCCAGUAUCAACCGCACCCCUUUAUCCGUAUCUGUAUUUCCACCCGAAGUACUUUUUGCUGUCCGCAUACCCAUCUCCGCCUCCGCCACUGCUCCUGCCUGCACUUCCGCCUCCCCUCCAACCCACCCCUUCUUCUUCAACCACCUCCCAAACUUCUUCACACCCUCAUCGACCGUUCCAUCCCCCAAUACCGGAAUCCACCCCCAGUAAUGGAAUGCGCCUGUUAGUCCCAGAAGUGGGACUAUGGCAGUGAUCUCGUGUAGGAUUAGAAAUGAAGUUAUGUGUGUUACGGGCGCAUUGAAGAGUGGGGUUGUAUAUGACCUGAGGAAGCGGGGCAGACGGUUGUUGAAUGUUUGGAGACGGGUGCGAAGGCGGGAAGGAGUGGCUUUUGGGGGAGGAGGAGCUGCUGGGGGGGUUGAAAAGGGUCUGUGAGACGUGAGUCUGCGAAGGGAGUGGAGGGGAUUAAUUGGUAGCGGAGAGCGGUGGAGAUUCAUUUCCUUGGUCUUUUAAUUCCUUUAUUUUAAGACACUCUUUGUUCCUACAUGCUUGGGGGUGUUUACGUUUAUCCGGGAGACCGGGAGGUGUCUAGGUGAACACGGGGUGGUUCGUAUAUCAAGAAGUAUAAACUCAAUUGAAAAUGAGUGGCUGUGGAGUUAUGACGAUUAUGGAGCUUGGGAUAUCUAAUUUGCGAGAGAUAUAAAAACGAAUUUGAAA